ACGUACGGGUACAUAUACGUGUAUUAAACGGAGUAUUUACUAACUAUGAUAAGAAGAGCCGUUUUGACUUUCAAGGUAUGUAAUUUCACGGUGCAUACAAAUAUUUCUAGAAUACAUGUAUACACAACUUGAUUGAUUUAUUUAUUUAUAAAAAUUAUUACUUAUAUUUUCAUGAUUGUAUUUAUUAAUGGAUGGAUGAAUUUGCAUCUAUCGAUACAAAUUUCUAUUAAUUAUCUUACACGUAUUAUAUAAUAUUAGGAUCCUCAAAGCUGGAGAAAUUGAAAGAACUGCGGAUACGAAACUCUAUCAUAGAAGCCAACUUCUUUAGAAGUAUUGGGACUUUGAUGACCAAUCUUACGUAUUUGGAGAUUUCCGAUAGCCCGUCUCUCGUGAAUUCCACGAUUCCACAAGGUAUGUAAUCGAUUUAUAUUGGGACCGUGACUUUUCUGUUAUCUUAUAGCCAUUGGUUUUUAGCUUAUAUAUUAAGUAUUGUUCGUCUUAAUUAUAUUGGGAACGUGUUUGUCAAGUUGCCAGAAAAACAGCCUUCGUAGCAACUUCGAGCCUUUUGUUUGAAGCCUUAAAGAUAUUCAAUCUUUCAUCUAAUUCCUUGCCUUUGUAUAAAAAAUACGUAAUUUAACGUGGUAGAGGCUCCUGGACUUGACUCGCAUCCAUGCUUCUCGAAUUGAGCUCCAAAGUAGGCUUGACAAACACGUUGCCAGACUUGGCCAUUUUCAGGUAGUUUCCCAGUUUUGGCAUAGCCUUAUGGGCAGGUUAAAAAAUGGUCUUCUGGACUUCCUAUUGAGCUCCCAAGUACUUUAAUGUGUAGAGGGACACUUCAGUUUCAAAACAAACCUUUAAUCUCCAAUUUCCAUCUAGUCAAUUGUAAGAUAUGAAUCUCCAAAGUAGGCACCAUGAAACUGUUUUUACACUGAAACAACAUAUUAGGUCGACCUAAUCCUACAUGAGGUCGAUCGAAAAGUGCAUGUCACCGUAGCAAAGUCCUUAUAUUUAUUAUCCCUAAUUUGUUUACUAAAACUUACGUAUUUCCUCUCUCGUCUAACAAGCAUUUGUUGUCAUGUUUUCUGCUAGGUUUUUGUAACUUAAAACAUCUCCAAGAAAUACAUCUCCCGGGGAAUGGUUUGGUUGGCGAGUUGCCACAAUGCUUAUCAAAGUUGAUGUCACUUCUAAUCUUGGAUAUCUUCAACAAUCAGUUAUCAGGGAAUAUAUCUCGAUCUCCCCUUACCACCAUAUUCUCCCUUGAAACCAUUGAUAUUUCCCAAAACCUAUUCCUGAUCCCAUUCUCCCUCUCCCCGUUUUUCAACCAUUCUCGUCUUAAAAAAUUUUAUGGGAGUUCCAACCAAGAGAUCUAUGAAGAUGAACAUCGUGACGAUGUAAAACAACAAGGUACUUUCCUACUACACCCACCACUUUUCCAGCUCACAAAGUUGACCUUGGGAUCUAGCAAACACAAAGACAAUAUUGGUGGAAUAUUUCCUAAAUAUUUAUACUAUCAACAUGAGUUGGAAAUGGUUGAUAUCUCGAAUAUCAAAUUGGAGGGAGCUGGAUUUCCAUCGUGGUUGUUAGUUAACAACACCAACUUAGAAGAUCUCACCCUCAUCAACUGUUCACUUUGGGGGCCUUUCCAAUUGCCAAUUCAUCAGCACCCUCUCGAGAAUCUUUCGAAUCUAGAUAUCUCCAACAACAACAUGUACAGCCCCAUCCCGCCUCAUAUAUGCGCCAUUCUUCCUGGUUUACGAAUCUUAUCUUUGUCUGAGAAUCAAAUCUUUGGAGGAAUACCUAAACAUUUAUCAAAUUGUUCUAUGUUAUAUUCACUGGAUGCUAGCAACAAUCAUCUUUCUGGUAACAUUCCAAGAUGGAUUUGGAAUUUUCCCAAGCUCCAAGUUUUAGAUCUUUCAAAGAACAAAUUUUCUGGAAGCCUACCAUUAGAUUUCAUCAUGAUAAGAGAAGUUUAUUUGUCAAGAAAUCUACUGGGAGGGACUUUAACAAAGGGAGAUGGUGCUCAUAAUGACUAUUCAAGCUACUCAUUGAAUGUUUUGGAUCUUAGCCACAAUCAAAUCAAGGGUACAAUCCCGAGAUGGAUUUCUAUACUUCCUAGAUUGAACUAUCUAUUAUUGAACAACAACGAGUUCUAUGGUGAAAUCCCUAUACCUUUUACCUUGGAACAAGUGAAGCUGAUUGUUAUUUCUCACAAUCAUUUUUCUGGUCAGCUUUCCUCGGUGCUCACAUCAAAUAUAAGCACGGGAUAUUACAAUGAAUACAUCACACAAGAUUUGGAAUUGGUUACCAAGACAAAUUUGUAUACUUACAAAGGGGAGCCUCUCAAUUCGUUGUCUGGCUUUGAUUUCUCAAACAACAACUUCAGUGGUGAGAUCCCUCCUCAAAUCAGUUACAAGGAUGACAUGAAAUUUCUCAACUUGUCGAACAACCAGCUGAAAGGAUCAAUUCCACCAUCAUUUUCAAGGUUGUUGCAAAUUGAGAGUUUGGAUCUCUCACACAACAAUUUGAGUGGAACAAUUCCUUCUGAACUCGCGGCUUUGACUUUUCUAGGAUCUUUUAAUGUGGCAUACAAUAAUCUAUCUGGCAAGUGCCCUCAGGUUGCACAGUUUGCUACAUUUGACGAUAGCAGCUAUGAGGGGAAUCCUUAUCUCUGUUGCACCUUUCCGCUGCCGCCUUCUAGGCCAUUAUUGACGCCACCAGCUUCUCACGAUGGAGAUGGAGAUGAUGAUGGAGGAAGCUUCAUUGACAUGGAAAGUUUCUACGCAAGCAGUGGAGUAUCCUUCGUUAUGGUGUUGCUCACAAUUGCGAGUGUUCUCUACAUAAAUCCAUAUUGGCGAGGAGUAUGGUUUUACUACGUCAGGGUCACCAUCACUAGUUGCUACUAUUUUUUGGUGGACCAUGUCCCGGUGCCGGUUAAGUACAAGGUGCUGGAACUUCGGGUGUAGAAAUGGAUUUUCCACAACUGCUUGGAGGAUACCAGCUGGAGUUGUGCUCUUCUUCCUUAUCGCAAUAUUUUUGUAAUAUACAGUUUGGGUGCCUUAUACACGCUAUUACGUAUGUACUACUUAGUGACCUUGAAUGAAACUACAAAUAAAUGAGAGAUAUGAAUGAAAUUACAAUUAUAUAGUUUAAUUAUGGUUGCUACAACUUGCCCACAUUUGAAUGGAAACGUUCAACCAUUGUUGCAAUUUGACAAAUUACGCAUACAUAACACAUAGUUUACUCCAUCAAUCGUAAAUUAACAAUAGGUGAUCAACCACAAAUGGUUCCGUUUUAGCCGAAGCACACAAAAUUAGAACUCCUUGGCAGCCUGGACGGACUUUACUGAUGAACCUUGGGCCCCGGCCUAAACCCAUGAAAAGUCCGUCGAAACUUCAUCCAGUCCAAUAGCAAAGCCCAAAUGAUUUUCACGACAGGCCUGAUUAGAGUCGGUGACCUACGAUUAGAAUACCGAAAUAGCUCCUUCCUCACCAAACACCCAACGGCAGCAGUCCCCGCAAUUUCCACCACUCUCAACGUCUAAAAUCGUCCAACCGCAUAUUUCCCAGUCUCCAAAUAUGGAGUUCUUCUGGGUACCGGUAUUUGGUACUUAGAAGUUUGGUACCGGUAUUUGGGAUAUACUGAAUAUCGUACCGAAUUUACCAUUAUUUGGUAUUAUCGAAUACCGAUUUAUUUUUUAGGGAUUGGGAUUGAGAUUCAUUUUGGAGUGCUAUUCGGUAUUCGGGAUUACGAGAUUGGGAUCUGUAUAUACCGAAAUACCGAAAAAAUACCAAAAAUUGAAAAUUUAAUGAAAUAUAGCAUACAACCUUUGAUGGUUCCUUACUCUUUCACAACUUAUAAGUCUAUAUCCAACUCAAUUUUGACUUUCUAGUUUAAGUCACUCUCGUCUCUCGCCUAAUAUUUUGUUAUUUUCAUUACACCAAAAGACAAACACUAGUAUUAGUCGUCUCUCGCCUAAUAUUUUGUUACUUUCAUUACACCAAAAGACAAACACUAGUAUUAGUCGUCUCUCAGCCUCCAAUUCGUCAAAUUAAAGAUUAUCAAUGGCA